CUUCAAUGAAAUGAUACCACCUUGCUGAUCAUGAUCCCUGCCACCAGGCUAACCAUCAGCCGCAGCACCACAAUUUCAGGCAUGCUGAGCCCCAAUACCACACUGAUGGUGCCCACCACCAGGUCUCUAGCAACUGCAAUAGCCAGCUCAAGCACUCCCACAGCCAAACUGGUCCUGGCCAUGGCACGAUGAUGAGCCAUCACCAGAAACAAUCCAGCUCGAACUCUCUACUUCCAAUGGCCACGAGCAUGAUUGGGCCACUGGCUUCAUGGGCCAUCAUGACACCUCAUCUGGCCAUCAAAAGCAUGGCAAUGCAUCAGCUGGCCAUACCGCUCUUGCCAUAACCCACAGAAACCAUGCCCAUGCCGGUUUCAAGAGUGGCCAUGAGGCUUCAGGCCACCACAAAGUUGAUAACUAGGGCUAUGCUCAGGCCGACUUCAAUAGUUUCCAUGAGACUGCAGGUCAUCAUAAGGCUGAUAGCUGGAGCCAUGCUCAGAGCGGCUUCAAGAGUGGCCAUGAGACCGUUGGACAUCAUAAGACUGAUAAUUGUGGCCAUGCUCAGACUGACUUCAAGAGCGGCCAUGAGGCAUCAUGCCAUCUCUAUAAGGCUGAUAACUAGGGCCAUGCUAAGACCAGCUGAAAGAGUGGCCACAAGAUCACGUGACAUCAUAAGGCUGAUAACUGUGGCCAUCCUCAGACUGGCUUCAGGAGCGGACAUGAGACGGAGGGCCAUCAUAACUCUGAGAGUCAUGGCAAUGGGAUGCUUAAAUUCAUCAAGAAUGCUGCUACUACUCUCGGCCAUGGCAAACAACAUGGCUCAUUGGAAUGGGUGCUGCAACUGAGUACUACAGGAGUGAGAAGAAAGUUGAAAAGAAGUGCUCAUCAAGCGAGAUUAAGAUGAAAACAAAGAGCGGCGACCAUAACAACAAGGUCAAGAAGAAUAAAGAGUGCGGGAAAGACAACGACAAUAGUAGCAGCAAUAGCAGCGACAAUGAUUAAGCAUCUACAAUAGCAGAAUGCUUGGGGACAACUUUAUUCGCAUCUAAGUAUGCAAAGUUAAGAAGAUGUUGCUUUUAUAAAAUAAAGGACCAAAGUGGCGAAUGGCUAUCACUAGCAGCUUAAUUUCACCAUUGGAAUAAACUUGUUGAAUUAAUACAUAUAACAGAUCUUUACUUAACAUGAUACAACUCCAAAGGAGCAGACACAUAGAGCUAGGCAGUCCCAUACUGACCACAAAAUUAGCUACGGGAUUGUUCAACAUUACUGCAAUUGUAUUCGCCAACUAUAAAUCCUUAUUUCCCCAGGGAACGGUCACCCAGAAUCCUGUCUAUGAUACUACAAACAUAUACCAAAAGAGAGCUAGCUAGGUGGUGGAACAAAAUCUUAACCACAAUGUAUGAUUUUCUUAUUUUAAAGAUAAUUUCUCAUUCAAUUUUUUAUUAUCUAUUUUGAUACUCAAUUAUCAUUCAUUUAAGCAAGACAAGGCAAAGACCAACAAUACCUUUGUUCGGAACCAUGUUGUAGGAUGUAACUUGUAACAAGUCUUCGUCUAUCGGGAAGGAUCAACUACAUUAACCAUGACAACAAAUGGCUACAACACUGUUGAAAGCCACUCAACUAGUGAUUAACUGUAGAAACAAGAUAGUUCCAACAGUAAUAGAGAACACACAAUUUAGCAAACGACUAUACAAAAAUGAUUCUCGACAUUCAUAUCAAGCUCAAGUCGUAGACGUAGGAAUCCAUCCCUUGGUUUGAGUUUUGUCCCUGACACUGAAGAGCCUCACUUACUCGUGUUUUGGAGCCUGUGGCCACUGAUUAACACAAGACAACAUGGAGCAAUUUCGGAACUUUCAGAUAUUGAUAACAAGUGGAGGUUGAGGGGAUAGAACUGGAGGAUAUGUAAUGAUAACUAUGAGAAUGAAGGACGAAUAGCUAUUGAAAACCACAGGAGCCCGCUCAUUUCAUCACCCUAUCAAAAAAUCCCCAUUCAUUUGGAUGCGAAAGGUGGUGCUAAUCUUGCGUACAAUACAGUGAGAGCAGAGAGCUAAAACUUGGUCCACAUGUCACACAAAACCCAGCCUAAUUACUUCAAGGAACCUUCGCAGAAAUUGAGAAUAGGAACAUGCUCCCAUACAAAGCUCCACCAGGCUGACAAAACUCUAUCUUUGACAGCGGAUUUGGGGUCCAGAAGUAGAGAAUGUAAUUAUGGUAGGAUUUGUGUCUAGGGAGGAGAGAAUGUGAUGAAGAACACCAUUAGGAAAAUCACAUAGUAUGCCAAUUUUUGAGUCCUACCUCCUCUUCUUGUUAUUCGUCAUGGAGCAUAGCUUGAGUUUCACACUUCUCUGCUGCCUGGAUCACUAAACCUUAGAGAGAUGUAUCCUUAUUAACUCAAGCAGAUAGCUUUCAUGAAUGGUGAAAGACGUUAAAAUGCAAAGUUUGAACAUCAACUAUAAGAUUCCAUUCCAUAUACAGAGAAAUUUCAUCUAACCUUCCAGUGGAAUCAACUUUCAUUAAGACC